AUGAAGUUCUUCCCUAGCCUCAUCGCCACCCUCGCCCUUGUGCCUAGCGCCCUCGCCGUUGACCAGACCAAGUCCGCCAUCGUCUGGUUCGAGGAUUCCAACACCCCCGACUCUGUUGUUAACCAGGUCAAGGACUCGAUUAUCCAGGCAGGUGGCAAGAUCACCCACGUCUACACCAUCAUCAAGGGAUUCUCUGUCGUUGCUCCCGAAAAGGCGCUUGAGUUCAUCCAGACUAUGGGUGUCGGCCAUGAUAUGAGAGUUGAAGAGGAUCAGACUGUGACUGCUUCCUAA